CUUUUCCUCAGUCAUUUUUAACCUACACAAUCUCUCGUCUGGAUCAUCAGUCAAUCGCCUCUUUAUAUCUCUCCGGUGAGAUUCCGACCGAUAACUCGAAUUCCGUUCCGAUUGUUUUGCUUCUUCGAUUCUCCGCUUUUUUAACUCACCCAUGAUUUUGGAAGCUCAAUUUGGAGAAAUCGAGUAACAUUUGCUCGGGAAGAUGAACACGAUAGCGAAGCGAGUUACGGGAUUAAUGACUCGGGCGAGUCAUAACCAGUUACAGCAAGAGCGAGGGAUAAGAGUGAAGGUAUUCUCCGGGGAUCUGGACAAGGCGCUGACGAUUCUGCAGAGGAAGAUGCAGUCGAGUGGAAUGGAGAGGCUGAUAAAAGCGCAGCAGACUCAUCACAUUAAGAACUCGGAGAAGAAGGUUCUCGCUAGGAAGAAUCUGGAACGAAGGAUCAAAUCCAUUGACUUUGCUCGCAAACUCCAGAAGAUCCUUAUCAAGAAAGUCAGAGGUUUAUGAGAGCCGAGCCAAAUCAAGAAUGCUGCUAUAACGAUUACAUCUUUUUCUGGGAACUAAUGUUGAUCAGUGCUAGUAUGUGUGAUAUAACACAGUUGUGAUUCAGGUUUUUUCUUUUCGUUUUGAACUUUCGAUGAAUGGGAUCAAUAUGGAAUUGGUAUGAUCUUGGAUUACCAUUAGUUUUUUACUCUUAUGAAUAAGGCUUUUCUUUCCUAAGUUUUCCAUAAUCAUUAUGAAAAGCUUCAGUUCCAAAAA